CAUUGGACGAGUCCAAGGCAAGGCAGGCACACUUCUGAAGCUCGGCCUCUGUAUUCACAUUGUCAGGCACUACUCGCUGGCUCUAUUCCUCUCAGUCUUGCAAAAUGCCUCCGAACAGUGUCCAUUCUGCAACAUUUCUAUUGACGAAAAAUUGCUCCAUCAAAUUCUUGUGAUGAACAAUUUUUCAACAGUCUUGGAUUAGAUUGAACCCAGUUCUAUCUCCUGAUUAAUAAGGCAAUCAAUUUGAUUACACUGUUUUCUUCCAGUUUCUUUGGUCUAGAGUGAAUCAUGAAAAUCUUUCUGUUUCGUGGGUUUUCAACUUUGGCAGAUUCUGUGUCGAUAAAACCCACAUCUGCAAAACCCCAAUUUCAUGGAAAUUUGAUUAGGAGGAAUUGGAAUCCAAUUCCAAUACCCAACAGAACACUCCCUGAGCCCAAAGGCCAAGACCUUGAUUUUAUUAAUGUUGCACAUAGCCAUCUGACUCACACUGAUUGGGAUAAGCUUAAUUCAUUGUCGACCAAUUUUACACCGUUCAGAGUUAAGCACAUUUUGCUAAGGAUCCAAAAAGAUCAUGUUCUUUCACUGGAAUUCUUCAACUGGGUCAAAACCCAAAACCCUAAUUCUCAUACGCUUGAAACCCAUUCGAUGAUCCUCCACACUCUUACCAAAAACAGAAAAUUCAAAUCUGCUGAGCUCAUUUUGAAGAGUGUACUUAUUGGAAGUUCAAUAGAUACUGCAGAUAAGUUGUUUGAUGCAAUCCUUUAUUCAUAUCGAAUGUGUGAUUCCUCGCCUCGCGUAUUUGAUUCACUGUUCAAGACCUAUGCACAUAGGAAAAAGUUUAGGAAUGCUACGGAUACAUUUUUUCAGAUGAAGGAUUAUGGAUUUUUGCCUACUGUCGAGUCCUGCAAUGCUUAUUUGAGCUCUUUGCUUGAUUUACAUAGGGUGGAUAUUGCUUUGGCAUUUUAUAAAGAAAUGUGCAGAUGUAGGGUAUCACCAAAUGUGUACACUCUUAACAUGGUUAUGUGUGCUUAUUGCAAGUCAGGAAAGCUCGAAAAGGCAGUCCAGGUGUUUGAGGAAAUGCGUAUGCUAGGAAUUAGUCCUAAUGAUGCCUCUUACAAUACCUUGAUUACAGGGUAUUGUCACAAGGGUCUCUUGAACUUGGCUAUGAAGCUUAAAAACUUGAUGAGGGAAAGAGGGGUGGAGGCAAAUGUGGUUACCUUUAACACUUUAAUUUAUGGGUUUUGCAAAGAAGGGAAAACACAUGAAGCUAGUAAAGUUUUUAGUGAGAUGAAAGUCCUGAAUGUACCUCCUAAUACCAUAACUUACAAUACUUUAAUAAAUGGGUACAGCAAAGUGGGAAAUAGUGACAUGGGCAGUAGGCUUUAUGAGGAGAUGUUAAGGAAUGGGGUUAAAGCUGAUAUAUUGACAUACAAUGCCUUGAUUUCAGGCCUAUGCAAGGAGGGCAAGACCAAGAAAGCUGCAUAUAUGGUUAAAGAACUUGAUAAAGUGAACUUGGUUCCUAAUGCUUCUACCUUUUCUGCUCUUAUUAGCGGGCAGUGUAUGAGAAAUAACUCUGACCGCGCUUUUCAGCUGUAUAAAAGUAUGGUGAGGAGUGAUUGUCAUCCAAACAAACUGACUUUCAACAUGUUGAUUUCUGCUUUCUGCAAGAAUGAUGAUUUCGAAGGAGCAUUUACAGUCCUGAUGGAAAUGUUUGAAAGGCAUAUGGCUCCUGAAUCGGAUGUUCUAUUGGAAAUUUACCAUGGACUUUGCCAAUGUGGAAAAGAUCAUUUGGCAAUGAAAUUGUGCAGUGAGAUGGAAGCUAGAUUUAUCAUGCCAGAAGGUUUUGGAAAAGCUAAACCAAUCAACCGAGGACUAGAGAAGGAGAACAAAGCAUUUGGACAAAGUUUGUAAGGGAAAAGAAGAAAACUUUUAGAUUUGUGUGGGUAAAAAGAAACGAUAGAGCAAGGCCAGUAUGCAAUGGGUGUUCAGAGAUAUACUUGCAAUAUUCAAGCCGAUCUAUACACCGCUUGGACAGGCAGUAAUCUUGGGAGGCGUUUUCAUGCUUGCAGAAAUUAUGAGGUAAGUAAUUAGGGAAAUUUUGUAAGGUUUUCAAUGUGUGAGUUGGGUUUUUGCAGACAUCAAAUUAUUGUUGGUAUUUUCAGUGAUAUGAUGAUUCUUUCCCAUUAAGAGCAAUAAAAGUGAUUUCUGGGUUACUGAGGAGGAUUGAUCAACAUGAUCAUGAUCUUCAAGCUGCCUGAGGGAAAGGGAGAAAGUGGAUAUACAUUGCACUGUGUUUGGCUCUUUAUAUUGUGGUGGAGAAAGUGUUUCUGAGAUAAGAUAAUGAAGACUGAGGGCUAAGUAAAAUUUCAAUUGACAUGCUAAAAAAAUGCAUGUUGGUUUAGUGGUUGUAUGAUGGUUAGAAUUUUUCUAAAAUGAAAUUGUAGUGUUUAAGUGUAGUUCGUAAGUAGAGAAUGGGUUUGGUGGGGGUUUUGUAUGGAUGGAUUUUAUUAUGCGGAAUGUGAACCGAAAUUUUACAAAAAUGUAAAUGAAUAUCUUCUUUUAAUCAAACCAGUUGUCAUGUUUGAUUUUCUGAUAA